CUUGCAUAAAAUUUUUGGAAAUUAAUUCCGUAAGAAGACUUUGCUCACCCUUACAGAGAAACCGAUUGCCAUUCUAACGAAUUAUGCCACAAUAAUGUCCAGCAAAUCGAAGAAGUCUCAACGUUCUGACAAAUACUAUCCCAUAUAAAGACAGUCUACCACAAAUUUUCCAAGAAAAUCUUCCUCGGUUCCCUAAACGUCUCGAUGUACGAGCAAGUGGCCCUAAAUACAAACGAUCCGAAGUUUCGGAAACGCGUUCCCUUCAGAAACCAAUGGUGUCGUGUUUCAGACACGUUGAUUUGAAUUUCGAAUGCGGCUCCACGCUGGAUAUUAUGUCCAGGGCACCGGUUUUUCGAGGCAGCCAGUCGUCUGCCAGCAGCCAUCGGCGGCGAAUCGAUGCGACGAGAAUUUUAACGCGUUCCAUCUUACCCAUGCUCUCAUCCAAGCUAUCUGAGCUUCGAUACCGCGUGUUCCAUCCGCCAUUUCUUUCUUUCCAUCGCUGCUUUAUCGUUGAGAUGUCUGUUGCCAACGUUGACUGCUAUUUAUCCAUACAACAGUGUUCCAAUAUCGAAACAGAACGCUUACAGUGGCGUGAUAAAGUUGAGGAAUAAACGAUUUAUUUAAUAAAGACAGUUAGAGGUUUUGUCUUGGAGGGUUUCUUGUCCAUAAGGAACGAGUUGAUUAAGUAGCUUCGAACAAUGGAUUACGAACUUCCAAUCGGAGCUGAAGGACUGUGGGCUGUCUACGCCUGGUGGUCGUGCGUCCUUGUGCUGAAGAUGAACGCUCUGUCAUGGUUCACUGGACGAAUUCGAGUAGCCAGACAGGUGAUCCACAGCGAGGAGGACAGAGUGUGGAUGAAAGGUCCCGAUGUCAUUUUAUGUCCUACGGGAGGCGGCCACGAGGAAGUGGAUCGCAUUCGAAGCGCCCAUCGACACGAUCUUGAAACCGUGCUCCCUUUUCUGCUAAUUGCACCGAUAUGGCUUUGUACGUCGCCGUUGUUCCCCGUGGCCAGAUCGAUUCUCUCAUGCUUCGCGUUCGUCAGCGUGUUGUACACUCUGAUGCACAUGAAAAUCGUGAACGCGCCUCGUAAAUGGAAAACAAUUUUCUCCGCCGUUGAACUUUGCAUCUUGAUUUACAUGUCCUCCGUGUCUGUGCUCCAUUACGCGAAAGCUUGAAGAAAUUUUUCUUAUCGUUCUGGUCACGCGAUUGCUUUGUUUUGGUAUGAUAAUCGAAUUCUGUGUAAUACGGAUGACAGCGAAUGAAUGGAAUUUCGAUGAUAGAUUGCACGCACAAUGAAUGUUAUUUUAAAUUACUCUCUAAAAGGGAUUUAAUCGAUAUGUGUUACAAAUGAGGAUAUCGAAACGAAUGAAUGAAUACACUUGGUAUAUAUCGUUUUUAAUACUUGAUAU